AGAUCCAGAAUUCUCUUCUGCCAAUUCCCCUUUGUCCCAAAUUUUGGCCAUGGCAGCGAGCACUGGUUCCUCCACUUCCCUGCUUCAACUUCCAUCCAUCAACCUUCGCCUUGAUCGCACGAACUAUUCUCUCUGGAGAGGCACAGUGUGUUCCGCUCUUGAAGCAUAUGACCUUGAUUCUUGCCUUAAUUCGGUCAAUACACCACCGACCACCAUCAUCGAUCAACCAGCAACAUCGACAACUCAGGCAACCACCAAGGCUAACCCCGCCUAUGCUGCGUGGAUUAGGAAGGACCGUCUGAUUCUUCUCUGGAUUCGCUCCACGCUCACCACUCCCCUUCUAGGGCUGGUCGCCCGCGCCACAUCUUCUCACGAAGCUGGGACGAUGCUUGAACGGAUAUUUCACGCCCAAACUAGGUCUCGACAGAUGCACCUCCGCCAACAACUCCAAUCUCUCUCAAAAGGUUCUCUUUCAAUUCUUGAGUACUUCGAGAAGAAACGUGCAAUCGCAAAUAGUCUCCUUGAAUGUCUUGUUGUCAUCCCUGAUUCUGACUUCGUUGACUACCUUGUCUAUGGUCUCGGCUCUGCUUAUGGUUCUUUCCGCUCUGCUCUGUCACUACAUGGUGCAGACUUGACCUCUGAUGCCCUUCUGAAUCUUCUGCUCCAAGAAGAACAACGCCUAGAGGAGGAAGCUCGUGAAACCGACAUUGUCACACCAGAGGCUCAUUCUGCCUCUCGCCUGCCCCGGAAUCAUCACUCUAUGGAUGCUUCACCCUCACAGCCUUCUGAUCGACCUCGCCCUAUGUGUCAAAUAUGCAAACGCCUUAGACACGAGGCUAUUAAUUGCUAUCAACGCCUGAACACCAACACAUUUCCAGCAACCGGUCCACCUCCUCGUCGAAAUAAGCAAAGAGGCAGCCAGCAGCGCCAGCAACAGCAAUCUGCUCCACCGCCACCUCCUACUACAUUCUUGGCAUCAACAUCUAGUCCCUCAACUCUUUAUGAUCCUUGGGUCAUAGACUCAGGUGCUACACAUCAUGUCACUGGUGACCUUGGCAAGCUCUCCAUGUCUCACCCUUAUGACGGUAAUGAAGGUCUCAUGGUUGGCAAUGGCCAGUCCCUCCGUAUUACGCAUUUAGGGCAUUCUACUCUCUCUGCUUUGCGUGCUCCAAACUCUUCUAUACACUUACACAACAUCUUACUUGUCCCUGAUAUAAAAAAGAAUUUACUUUCUGUUUCUAAGCUUUCACGUGACAAUAAUGUUUACCUUGAAUUUCACCCUCAUUGUUGUCUUGUGAAGAAUUUACAGGGGCAGACGUUGCUAAGAGGGACGCUUGAGAAUGGUCUAUACCGACUACCAUCAUUGCCUCAACCAUUGUUCUAAAACUCGCUAGGCGCUAGUUGGGCGGUUGAGGGGCGUCUAGCGCCUAGGCGGCCGACUAACCGAUUUUUUGGCCGACUAGGCCGAUUCGGCCUCUACGGUUAGGGCCGACUAGGCCGCCUAGGCCGAUUAAUCGGUCCGCCUAGGCCGAUUUUUAGAACAAUGGCCUCAACUAUCCUCUCCCAGUGUCUUCUUUGGUGAACGUACUUCUUUGGAAUGCUGGCACCGAAGAUUGGCGCAUCCAAGUGAACCGAUUUUACGUCGACUAGUGUCUACCUUUUCUUUACCCAUUACUAAUGUCUCCCAACCCAGUGUUUGUGAUUCUUGUCAAUUAGGAAAAGUCACCGUUUUCAUUUACCUAAACGGGGUGAAUUGUCUAAAACCCCUUUUGCUUUGAUUCAUUCGGAUGUUUGGGGCCCUGCCCC